AUGAGACUCAGCGAAGCCGGUCCACCACCCGCGGCCCAGCCGCCUCCAGAGCCACGGCCGCGCGACGCCACCUACCACGGUCCGGCCGAGAUGGGCCAACUGGGAAGGAGCCCGGCCGGCGGAGCAGCCAAUCAAAGGGGGGGGUUGGCCGACGGCGCGGGGGUGAAAGGGCGGGCUGGAAGGGUUCGCGAACCCGCUCCGCCCCCGCACGCCAACAACCUCGCCUGCGUACCGCUAGAGGCUUGUGGGAAGGGUAGUUCUCCCGAGGUUGCCGCAUGGGAUUCUGGGAAGUGUAGUCUUCGUCCCUUUGGCUGGGCCGAGCAGAGGGCGAGGAUCCGCAGCCUCCGAGCCCCCGGCGCCCUUGAACCUAAACUACAACUCCCAGCAGACGACGAGGCGGGGCUUGAGGACCGAGAAUAUGGCGGCGACGGUUGUAGCUGCGUUGAAGGGCCCGGGGCUGAGGGGUGCCGCGGGGCGCGGGGGGUUUCUCCAGGGAGCCGCGGCUCGCAGGGCCCCGCUGCGGCACUACGCUGGCCCGCUGCCGUCCAAGCCCGAGCCCGGGCCCUGGCCCCCGGGGCUGGAGUACAUCCCCAAGAAGAAGGCCAAGAACCCCAUGAAGCCGGUGGGGCUGGCGUGGGCCAUCGGCUUUCCUUGCGGGAUCCUCCUCUUCCUGCUCACCAAGCGAGAAGUGGACAAGAAUCGCCUGCAGCAGAUGAAGGCCCUGCAGAACAUGCGGACGGCCAACAGCGGCCAGUACGAGAGGCAGAGGUUCAAGGCCUCGGCCCCAGAGACCCUCACUCCGCCGGCCGGGGCUGGGGUGCAGUCCUGAGGCCGGAGCCCCUCACCCCACCGUGUAUGGACUACGGACUGAUGGACGUGUGGUUCUCUCGGGCUCCACCAGGGGGCAUCAGGUACCCAGGUUCCCCGGGCCAGGCCAUGCCCUCCCCGAGGUGUGAGUCAGGCCAAUAAAGUCAUUAUUUCCCAGAAAA